AUGUGUUCGACUGCUGCACCUUUGCCCUUCUACAACCUCCCUCUGUCUCCUGCACACCCCACGUCGUGCAGACGAGGCUACUCUCAACAGAUAUCACACCCAGCCGCUCAUAAUCAGAAGCAGUUCAGGUUCGACCAAGGGCCAGGAGCUGCUCUGUAUCGGGGCGGGCUCCGCACGCCGCCAACCGAAGCCAUGAGUGCUACCUACCACGCCCCUCACCUCGUCGCAUACGACAGUCAUGUUCUUCCCUCAUAUCCCGGCGCCGUUGCCCAGGCUCGGGGUCCUAAGGCGGUCAUGGCCGAAGCUGCUGCGAGGGCUCCUCAAUAUUCUCGGUACACCCAGCCAACGAAUACCUACUCACAACCCCAGCAGCCAGCUGUGAACCCGGCGUCCGGCACCAGCCAGUACUCCACGACCUCCCGACAUUCGACUCGCUCGUCAACACCGACAUCAGGCGCCAUCGGCAAGUCGGAUGGCACCUCGUCAUCACGAAAAGGCUCGUCAGCUCUGGUUCUGCACAGUCUGUCGAUACCGAGCUGUAUCAACCCCAAGGGUGGAAACUUGGCAGACUUUGCGGCUCAGAUUACAUGCCUUUUCUGGUUCGAAUCGAUAGAGACUCUGCGAGCCGCUGAGAGCAUCCGAUCCAGACCAUCGACCGUCACGACGCCCCGGCUGACCGAAUACGCGACACCAUUCCCCCAGUUCAAAAAAUGGGCCUACAGCGUCUUGUCGACGACCCAAGUGACGCAGAACGUCAUCCUGCUCGCUUUGCUGUUUGUGUACCGCUUGAAGACGACAAACCCCUCCGUCAAGGGAAGAUCGGGCAGCGAGUACCGUCUCCUGACAGUAGCCCUGAUGCUGGGUAACAAGUUCUUGGAUGAUAACACGUACACCAACAAGACCUGGGCUGAGGUCUCUGGCAUCACCGUUCAAGAGAUUCAUGUCAUGGAAGUUGAGUUUUUGAGCAACAUGCGAUACAGCCUGUUGGCGACCAAGGAGGAAUGGGAGGAGUGGCUCGUCAAGCUAUCCUGCUUCUCAGAGUACUAUGAGCGGGCCCAGAAGCAGCCGACCUCGCCACUGAACAAGUCGUUUACCUCGCCGGUCCCUUCGCCCAAUGCUGUCAUCCAACCCGCCGUCUCGUUCCCUCCUCUGACACCUUCCACGACGAACGUCUUCUCACCGAACGCGGGCCAGCCAUGGCCCUCGGCCUCGACCUACUCCAACCCCCAACUGUCACCGCUUUCUGGCAAGCAUCUCGCUGGCAUGAACAGCCGGAAGAGGAACUCAGAGGAGGACAUGACGGAGCCCCCGGCGAAGCGACUCAGCAGACAGCCCAAUAGCACUAUGGCCCCAGUCGCCAGAACCCAAGGGGUCAGCGAGCAACCAAUGCGUCUUCCAGUCCCUAACCUCUCGUUGAACACCAACCCUUCGUCAGUACAGGCGCAGGUGUACCCGGGCAUGGCGACAUACCCGGCGCAGCAACACGUUUCACUGCCGCCCCUGAGUAACGGUGUUCGCGCCAUGGCGACGGUAUACCCUCCCGCCACCACCGUCUCCAUGUCCCAACUGCCUAUGCCGGCCUCGGCCUCGAUGCCCCAGGCCUCACUUACGCCAUCAAACGUCCCGAUGCACAAUGUCAUUGGGUACGGCACGCCGACCAAGAGGCACAGCCCUGGCAGUCUCUCGGUGUACGCGUCGUCGCCACUGGGCGAGCAGUUUCCGACAUCGGUUAUGCAUACUCCUAUCGCACAUACGCCUAUCUCGCACUCGCCAAGUGUAUACCUACAGCAGCGACCGAGCCCAUACAAGCCUAUUCGGCACGUCAACACACUGCUCUACCCCCCGCCGUCGGCGUCUCUCAACGAGUACCAUCUGCCUACGACGCAGAUGCACUACCAGCCUCUAGGACGACGGAACGACCUGCGAACCGGUGUUGUCCCAGAGUUUAUGCACGCACCAUACCGGAUGGGCGCGCAGAUGCCGCAAAUGCCCCACGGGCUACCGCAGGGACCGUACCCGAACUAG